GCUACUAAUCGCCGUCUCUCUCUCUCUCUCUUCCUUAUCAUCAACAAACUUGCUCUGCUCCGAUCGCCUUUUUUUCUCUCUCGUAAAGAUGUCUGAGGGAUCAGAAGAUAUGAAAACAAAAGUCGACUCUGCUGGAGAGUUAUCAGAUGUUGAUAACGAGAACUGCAGUAGCAGCGGAAGUGGCGGUGGUAGUUCUGGUGAUACCAAGAGAACUUGCGUUGAUUGCGGAACUAUUCGAACUCCUCUUUGGCGUGGUGGUCCUGCAGGACCAAAGUCAUUGUGCAAUGCUUGUGGGAUCAAGAGUAGGAAGAAGAGACAAGCAGCACUUGGUAUGAGAUCAGAGGAGAAGAAGAAAAACAGAAAAAGCAGUAGCGGUAAUGAUCUAAACCUCGAUCAUCGAAACACCAAGAACAACAAGAUCAACAAAGAUGAUGAUGCCAAGAACGACAAGAUCAACAAAGAUGAUAAUCCCAAAACGUGCAAUAGCAAGAGUAGUAGUAGUAGCAGCAACAAAGGAGUGAGUAAAUUUUUGGAUUUAGGGUUUAAAGUUCCGGUGAUGAAGAGAUCAGCGGUUGAGAAGAAGAGGUUAUGGAGGAAACUCGGUGAGGAAGAAAGAGCUGCUGUGCUUCUCAUGGCGCUCUCUUGUAGCUCUGUUUACGCCUAAGUGUUUUCUCUGUUUUUUUUUUUGGUCAUUAGGGAAUAAUUAAGUGAGAGCGAUUUUGAUUAACUUAAUUAGAUAGAGAGAUAUGUAUGAUAUGAAUGUGUAAGUUCCUAGUUUUUGGUUUCACUAAUGUUAUGUGUUCAUUUUCUUAAUGAAUUCAAAUAUUUACA